CUCUGGCUGGCUUCUCCCGGGCGGUGCCACCGGCUCCCGGGGGGCCGGGCGGGCCUCACGGAGGCGCCACCCACGCGGGCCGCCCCCCCACGCCCCGGGACUCCUCGCCGGCGAAGCGGCUCGCGAGGUGGGCGGAGAGUGGCCUGCGCCGCGUCCCCGCCGCCGAGCUCGGACGAUGUCCUUGAGCUCCUGCCGCCCGCCGUCGCGCUGCACGAGCCGGUGGAGGCGGACGGACCCAGUAGAUGCUCCUUCAUCCUUUGUGUAUGGACUGAGUCCUGAUCAUAACUAUAUAAUAUUAGAUACCAUUGCAGAGUGGCCACCAACAAAAUGGAAACAAAAGAGAAUGAUAAGUAUAAGACAUGGCGAACGAGCCCAGACAGUGAAUCUUCAUGGACUACUGGUGCAGAACCCAGUUCUCGGAAGAAAUUCACCAUUCCCAAGAUCAGGAAGACAACUGAGAAAGUUUACUUGUCUUCUUGUUACACCAAUACUAGAGAGUAUGGCUUUAUACAUGGUACUCUGAAGCAGUCCAGGCUUGAUGUAAGCUGUGACCUGCAGUUCACUUGGCAGUUUGGAGAUACAAAGCUGGUUCGCAACGAGUAUCUUGAAAAACAGUUUUCUGCUAAGAGGUCAGAGAUGCGUGAGAAUGGAAGACAUGGCAGAGAACUGGAAGAACAUUUCUGCUUCUUAGCACUUCCUCAGAGUGAUGUGGUAGAAAUCUACCAGAAUGGGUUAAGUACCAGAGCAUCCACACUGAAGAUACUUGGGAAUCCUCUUCUUGGAAUUUAUAUGUUUAGACAUGUUGAUGUUGCCCUGAAUUACGCUCAUAGUUGGGGCACUACUGUAGAAACGAUUAUGAUUUUUAAGGUUCUCUUUGGAAAAGUCAAGAAAGUUCAGCCUUCUGUGGAUAAAAGCAAAGUGUCUCUGGAUCCUUCUCCUAACUUUGAUUGCCAUAUGUCAAGAAAUAUGCCUUCUUUGAAAGAUACCAUUGAGCUACAAGCCUACAAUUCAAUGGUAUACUUCUAUGAAUAUGAUUUCUUUUCAAGACCAGUAGAUAGACCUAGACAGUGUCUUCCAUAUGCAAUAGUCACAGUAAAAUUUAUUGGUCAAAAGGCAGGUAAUGGACAACUUAUGACAUCACUGAGAUUCCCCUCCACAGGAUUUCCUAAGAGGCUUGAAAAAACAUGUUCCUUGAAUAACUGUACAGUUGCCAAAAGAAUUGGAAAAGGAAAAGAUGCUACAGUCAUCUUCGAGCACUUCAGGAAACCUGUUGAUUCAUUUAGUCAAGAAAAUUGUCCGUGCAAAGCACUAACUUCAGAGAUUGGUUCUUCCAGCUUGGAUUCUUCUAGUUCUUAUGGAAGUGUGCAGAAUGGAAACAAUUCUGUGUGUGAAGUGUACAGCAGACAGACAGAUAACUCAUCAGAAGUUAGGGAUGCUACUGAAGUACACACACACAAUUCAGGUCUUUAUUUCAUGCCCACUGCUAACACAGCAAGUGGCAAUGGUGACCUGUUCAGUGUGACAUAUCUCAGAAGUAUUUUAAGUAGUAUUUCUGCUGCUCUUCCCUCCCAGAGCAGUACUGGCUCAAGUACAGUUAUCACUUCAAAACUUAUUAAGGACCCAAGACUGUUGAAGAGAGAACAGAGCAUGAGGAAACAAAAUAAUGCUGAUGUUUUGCCAUUUGAUAAGAGUGCGGGUCAUGGUAAUUCAGAAAUAAAGCUGACAUGUAUGCCAGCUAGCUCAGUCUCUUCACCUGAAACUACCCCUACUGGUCAUGCUCUUACUAAUUGUUCAGAUGUUUCUUGCUUCAAAUUCUCUUCUGAAAGAUCACACUGUGAGACUCACAAUAUGGGCUCAAGGGACUAUGACUGUACAGCAUCCAGUAAGAUUGCCAUUACAGAGCAGUUUAAAGAGCAAAGCUGGUUUUCCUUCCCUUGUUAUUUACCAAAUGCAUUUUCAAAUGUUGGAAAACAAAAAUACAAUGAAGAGGAGGCCCAGAAGAGCAGCAACAUUCCACUUUUACCAGAGCAAAGUAAUGAGCCACAGAACUCCUUUGAAUCUGAAAAAAAUACUUGUAGUAAAGACUAUCAGAGUCACAUCUCCACAGCAUCAUGGUCUUCUGAUUUAAACACUGCGUAUAAAGUUGAUCACAAGAUGUCUGCAGUCUCCCCAAUCCAGAAGAAGGGAAACCUAGAUGAAUAUGUGAAAAAUACUGCAAUGAUGAGAACUUUCAUCAGCCCAGAAGACAGUUCCGAACAUGUAAACCAAACUUGGUACAAAGAAACUGUUCAUUAUUGUACUGAUGAAACUAUAUGUAGCCCAAUUGAUAAUUGCAUUACAUUGCACCAGGAACACAAAGAAUGUGGAAAUCUUAAUUCUUUAAAGGGAAAUUGUGAAAAAACACCAGUUACUCAUAAGUUACAAAUGCCCAAACCUUCCAUAUCUACCACAGAGGAUAAAAGUGAAUUAGAUCGUGCAGCAGUAGAAUUAGUGUGUAGUCUUACUCCACAUAUAGGGUGCCUUGUACAAAAGCAUCCUCAAUACCCUUUGGAGCACAACGAUAAUAUUCAAACAAAUUUUGUCAUGACUCAGGGGUUAACAGAAUUGAAAGCAGUACAAAAUAAUCAGCGCUUCAUUAAUGUGACUGAUGCUUUCCAGGAAGCAAAAGAUGUUCCCCAGGCCAGAGAACAACUCAUUGGAAGAGUUAUUUCAUCUUCUGCCACUGACGUAUCUCUUGACAGUUCAGGUUGUGACAUGAUUGGAGAAUAUAUGUGCAUCCAGAGUGAAAAUAAAAAUGAGACAGUAUCAAUGUAUAACCUUCAGAAAGACUGCAAAGAAACUUCUCAUAUUAAAGACGAUGUGCAUGACCACUGCCUGUCUUAUGUAAACUUGAAAAUUAAUUUGCAAGAAGAAAGAGAUAAUGAAAAUCCAAAUGAGGCUAAAGAGAAAGAUAGUACAUCAUCUCCAGAGUACAGUACAGAUAAUACAAAUGAAAGUGAGAAGCAAGAUUUUCAUGCAAAUACAGUUGAAAUGAGGGAAAUUAAGAGUAACACCAAAGUACAAAUUCUGAAUUCUGAAGAAUGUUCCACAUUUGACUCAAUUUGGGGAAAGAAAGGUAGACCAGCAAAGUCUACAUCAUCAGAGAGUGAAGGUAGUAUGGCUUCCCUAAAACAAAGUCAUACACCAAAUGAUGGAAGAAGUGUGGAACCCUUUGUAUCCACAUUUCCAGAAACUGAAUGUUCUUCAGUGUGUGUAGCUUCCAGUGCUACAAAACAAGUAGUUAAUACUACCCUUCUUACAUUAAACACAAAUUUUGAGGAUCAUGAAAAAUACCAGCUUAAAGAAACUUGUGAUUCUGAGAUUUCAGAUUUAUGUUUAGUAAAACAUGGCGUUUCUGACUGUGAGAUUGAUACUGAUAAAGAUAGAUUACAAAAUUUUUAUCAAUUAGUAAAUGAGAAUUCGGUUCUUCAAACUUUUGGAUUGGGAAGUGAAAUUGAAGUAGAACUUGAAGAUUAUAAUGAUACUUCUUUGUUUCCACAAAAUAUAGAUAGCCAAGGACAUGUUUUUUGUGAAGAAUUUGAGUUAUAUGAAUCCCUGAAGUCCCGGAUUGCUUGGGAAGGCCUAUUUGGGAACAGUAAUGAAGAGAUGCAAACUUCCAAUUUUGCACAAAGGGAGAGUACUGAUCCACAUUCUACAGAAUGUAAUUGUGUUUCUUUCUUGUCCCAAAAAGACAAAAGAGAGCUCCACAACCCAAUGUUUCUUCCAGAUUUACAAGUUACAAUUACAAACUUAAUUAGUCUUAGGAUCGGUCCCACUAAUGAUUCUUUAGAGUCAAAAGAUAACUUUUACAAACGUGUAACUGAAUCUACAGAACCAGAAGCAAAUGAGGAGAAAGCUUUUGGAUUUAGCAUUUAUUCCCAACCUUCUGAAGAAAAUUCUGGUUUUUCCUGUGAAAAUAAACAUAAUUCAGUGCAAGAAUCAGGACAUGUGAGCAAAUCUGGAAUCUCCCAUUCUUCCAAUAUGUGUGUAAAUCACAUACCUGGAAAAUCAAACAAUAACUCUUUGUCUACUGAACCAUCUAAGGUCACAGUCAUCAAUGAAAAGAGUAAUUGUCCCACAAAAUCAAAAUUUGACUUAAAUGACACUGAAAAUAAAAAAGACAUGGAAUCAAGAAGUAGCAAAAGAAGCCCACAUGUAUCUUCAAGGAGACAGAACAUAUCCCAUAAAGACAUAAGGCAGCAUGAAACUCAUGAGAAAAGGAGGAAGCCAACGAGUCAUGACUCAUCUGAACAUUUUUCUUCCCUAUCCCAAGGACGAAUUAAAACAUUUUCACAGUCAGAGAGGCACAUUAGGAGUGUACUGAAUAUUCUAAAUAAUGAAGCAUCUUUGUGUAAAAGCAAACAUCUGUCCAGAAAACUAGACAAAGCUGUUCUUCACUUAAAAAAGGCUCAUAGAAGAGUUCAUACAUCUUUGCAGCUUAUAUCUAAAGUGGGAAAAAAGAGAAAGGGUCCAUUACCAAGAGCAUAUUCAGUAGUAUGCAAUAAUUUCUGGGAAAGUUGUGAUCUUCAAGGUGAUAGCUGGAUGUCUGAAAGAAGAUCAUCUAGGCAUUUUUCAUCCAAAAGAAGGUAUGAGAAACAGGGAGAGAAAAGAUUAAGAUUUGAUAUUGAUGAAUCAUUGGCCCCAGUAUCAAAGCACAGAUCUUACAGAACAAACAGAGAGAGACUUCCAGAGUGCCUUUCUAGCAGAAUCAUGUCUGGCCAUGUCUCCAGUAGUCUUACCACUUUCCAUGUGAGAAAAUUUUGUGAUGAACAGCUUCACAAAUCACAGUUACCCCUAGCCUGUACAUCCCAGUGUAUAAGUCAAUUAGAAUGCACUAAUUGCAUUGUGAGAAAUGCAAGCUCUUCUGAACUUGAACAUUUUUCUGAAACAAGGGGGCCCACACUUUACCCAGAUGAAACACUAACUGAAAAAGAAUGUCAGACUGAUACACAGAUAUCUAAUAGUGAAUCUACAAAGCUCGGAAACCAUUCAGCACACAAUAUUAAGGAUAUAAUAAAAGAAAAUAAUUCUGAAGAUAAAACAGUGGUAUGUGAAAGUAAUUCUGUGUCUUUAAGUUCCAUGAAAGAAAAUAUAAGUCAUAGUCAAGAUAAAAGUUAUGGUUUAACUUGUAAAGCUAACAAUGACAUACUUAAUUCAGUUUUAGACUCAAACAAGAAACAAUUUUUAAAUGUUGGUAUCUGUGAACAAGAUAACCUUGUAUCUGAUGGUGUUAGAAAUGGGGACACAAUUCUUUCUGUAGAAAAGUGUACAGUUCUUAGGGAGAUCACACCAAGCAUUCCUACAGGAAAUAUACCACCAUUGUCACCAAUUCUAGUGACAGCUGGAGAAGAAAAUGGACUCCAUGUUAAGGAGAAUGAAGUGAAUAUUACUAAGCAUUCUAAAUUAUAUCUAAUGUCAGUAACUGAAGAAAGUAAAAGUUGUAAGAAGAGUAUAAAACUAUCUUCUAAUGAUACUUUUCUGCUCUUAAAAGAGAAUGUAAAGGGUCCUUCAAAAACAUAUAUGGCAGAAUACAUUGAGGAAGAAAACAUGAGAAAAAUUGAGCAAACAGUUUACCAAAAAGUGGUUACUGAAGGAUCAGCUGCUGUUACUAGGUACAAAUGUCAAAAUAAGACCCUAAAGGAAGAAUCCUUCCAUUCACACAAGAAAAUAAUUAAAAACGUGACUGAUUCUUGUCUAGGUAUUAAAAAUUCUACCCUAGAGACGAUUGCUUUGGAAAACAUUCCUAGUCAGCUUAGCAAAAGACAGAAAGUGGGGCAAAUGAAACAACCACCUGCCUGUCCCUCCAAACCAGCUGCUGCAGGAACUAAUCAUAGGCCGAUUCUACAUGAUAACACUGAAGUCCCCACUCAGAAGAAGCCUCCGACACACAUGCAGGGAUUAAAUGAAGAACGUGUAGCUAAAUCUCGUGUAACAGAACUGUCUCAGAUUUUACAGAAAGCAGAUAAAGCAGUGUCUUUGCAGGUUUUAGAAGAAGAAGCUAAAGUUUGUCAAAAUCUUCUCCCUUUAUUUGUUAAAGCUUUUGAAAGAAAGCAAGAAUGUUCACUUGACCAAAUCCUGAUUUCAAGAAAGCUGAUGGUAGAACAGGACUUGUGGGAUAAUUGUAGACUUAAAUUGAAACCAUCUGCUGUUGAUACUUGGGUAGAACUUCAAAUGGCAAUGGAAACUAUUCAGUUCAUUGAGAACAAAAAAAGAUCCUUAGAAGGUGAAGCAACAUUCCGAAGCUUACUGUGGUAUGAUGAGAGCUUAUACAGUGAGCUGCUUUCCAGGCCACGUGGAUAUCAGCUGCAGUCCAAUUUCUAUCCUGCUUUUCAAAGACGAUUAAAAUAUAAUGCAUUCUGUGAGUUACAAAGUUAUUAUCAUCAGCUAGUUGAAUUCUUAACAAAAACCAAAAAAGAAAAUAAUUCAUAUUAUACCUUCUUAAAAUACAAACGGCAAAUCAAAGAAUGUGAAGCCAUAAUGAGGCACUAUUCUGAUUGCUUUGACUUUUGUCUUUCUGUUCCGUUUACCUGUGGAGUUAACUUUGGUGAUACUUUAGCAGACUUGGAAGCCUUAAGAAAAAGUGUUCUGAAACUAAUCAAUAUGCAUGCAGGCUCUCCAAAAGUCCAUUCUUACCCAGGAAAGGAAGACCAUUUUUGGAUAAUUUUAGAAGUGGUCUCCUCAAAGGUUAGUUUUGUUAAGAACAAUGAAGAAGUAAGUAUCAAAAUUUGUCUCUAUGGUCUGGAACAUAUAUAUUUUGAUGCUGCAAAAAGUCUUGUACAGAAAGAGAAAAGCCACUCUUUUCCCAAAAGACAUUCAGAAAAGAACAGGGAAAUGGAGGCAGUAAAUGAAUGUGCCAUUUCUAAGUGGGAGAAGAUCUAUGAUGUCUUGUCUAAGGACUUAAACGAUGAAUCAACUCCCACUAUUGGGCUUGAAGAAGAUAGGAUUAUGUCCAGACAGUCAGCUCUAGUUAGCCUACCAAACUGUACGCUAAACAAAGCUUGGCUUUCAUACCCAGAUAUAUGUUGUAUUAGUGAGAUACUGGAUCAAGCUAAAUCUGCAGACCUAAAGACAUUACAGGACCUCACUCUGAGAUGUACAGUUCACUUAAAAAUUUUAAAAAAAUACUUCCAGAUGCUGCAAGAAGACAAUGUAGAUAAUAUUUUUGUCACUGAGGAGAAUGUUUUGGAUAUACUAAGCCACAAGUGUGGAGCUGUCAUAUUAAAACCAGAAGCUAUUGAAAUUUAUAUUGAAACUGUCAUGCUCUCAGAAACCAUUCAUUUUCUUAAAAAUUCAAUAGCAAAGAAACUACAUAAUCAGAGAUUUCGAGGUAUGCUCUGGUUUGAUUGGUCUCUUCUUCCUGAGCUUGUUAACUGCCAAAAAGAAAUGGUGUCCUUUUCCGUUGAUGACAACCAAACAGAUUGCCUUUGGAAAGUAAUAGAGUCAGCUAUUUCUCACCUUAAGAAAGAGCUAUGUGUUCUCUAUGACUACAGUGAAGCUGUUAAUUGUUCCUAUGCUCUACGUUUAUUCUCCAGAGAACUUAAGGAACUUUUGGGAAUUAAAAGGCUUCUAAAUACAUCUAAGUAUUCAGUUUCCACAUAUAUUGACUUGGCACCACAUAUUGCAUGUGUAAAUUAUGGAAACACUGUGGAAGAGUUGGAAUAUAACUACAACCAGCUUUUUAAAUUACUCAAAAAUAUUAUGUCUGUCCCUCAGAAAGAUUUCGGGAAAAUGGUCCAUAUAAUAAAAGUUCUGAAGACAAUUGAACAUAUGAAGAUGAUAAGGGCUAAAGGUACUAAAUUGUCCACUGAUCUCCUCUUUUUUCAAAUGCUUCGUAACAGAAGGAACACUUUGCAACUGAGCAGAAAAGAAAAGAUGGACACUGCCACUACAGAACCUGAAGACAACAGCAGUCAACCUGAUAUUUCUGUCCAGACACCCUCAGCUGCAGGGUGCACAAUAAGUUCCUCUAAAAAACGUCCUGUGACUGCAGACAAAUGUGAAGUCUCUGAUGCAGUUUCCAAUUGUAAAAAGCAAAAGGUUACCAUGAAAGAUGUAAGAAACAGACAAAAGACAAUGUCUAAGAAUCCAAGGACUACAAAAUCUCAUCCCAAAGAUGAAAACAGAAUAGGAUCAAAUUCAUCUGACAAUCUGACAAGAGACUCUGCAUCUCCAGAAAUGGUCAAAGGACAAAACUCAACACCUGGCUCGCUUUCACCUUCUGAGAACAUAGAAGGCGCUUUCACACCAAAUUCAGAAAGCAAAAUAGAGUUGACAGAUAGCUCAUCUGAUGCUUCAGAGUAUCUCCCUGAACAGCAGGAAAGUUUAAAUGGCAUAAUGAAAGGAAAUGUGAAUCUUAAUGCUGCUCAAUCAGAUAAGAAAGAACACCCUCUAGUACCUUGCAAUCAAAAGGAUAUAGCUGCCACUUGCUCACCUGACAACUCACCUUUGCAGAAGUUGCAUGAAACCCCUGCAGAUCACACACAGAUCUGUCCUUCAAACAUGAAGCCAAGAAAUGAUGACCCUCUUGUGCCUAAUGCUUCAGUGCCUGCUUCCUGUUCUGUGAGGGCCAUCCAUAGCAACCUUGAAACAAAUGACACAGACUUUGAACAUGAAGACAAUGAAAUCUUAGAUUUGUCUAUUAAAGAUUGUACAUGUACCAGCUCUCCAGAGCCUGUGUGUAUCCAGGACAAAAUUCCUGUCGUGCAAGUAAAUAAAAUACAGCCUAUAAAAGAUGCACUAAAUCCCAGUACCUCACCUUUUGGCUCAUAUGGGAGCUCAGCCCUAGAGGUGAAUCAAAGAGCACAACACACUGUCUCCAAACAGAAUGGAAAGAAUCCUAACGUCCUGACUCAGAAAGUUGACACGUCCUGGAACGCACCUCCACAGUCCACAUAUACUGCAGUAUACAAUUCUUCUGAGCAUUCGUUUGGAACGUCAUAUCCAUACUAUGCUUGGUGUUUUUAUCAGUACAGCAGCAGCAGCACUGCUGUUGCCCAUACAUACCAGGGGAUGACAACAUACGAGACUCCACCUCCCAUGAUGACUGCAGUUGCAAGUGCUGUCCAGAACACACAUUUCAAUCACUCAUACUCUGAACAGUUUAGCUACUUUGCUAGACAGCCACAAGCAAAUGCCUUUAUCCCAGGAAAUGGCUUUUCUCCAUCUCCUUUGCCUGUUUCUUACAGUUACCAACAACCAGCUUAUUCGCAGUUUGCACCUCAUCAGCUGGUACCACAAGCUGCCUAUCCUUAUCCUCCUAACCCAGGGGUGCUUCCACAAGCUCCUUGGACUUACGCUCCAUGGCAACAGGACCCUUUUCAAACAAGGCAUUAAGAAUAAGUCUCUUCAUAUUGAAAUAAAUGUGAUUUAAGUUUUCACAAGUA